UUACAUUUCAUCAUAAUUACUGGAGCAGCAAAAGCAUAAUAUGAAAGAUAGGUACUGUGAGUGCGCCUUUGCUCUCUUUUUCUGUGUGAAAUAUUUAUGUGUAAUAUUUAUUUGCAAGUGCUGCAGGUAACAACCAAGCAACUAAAUUCAUCAUUUCAACUUGUAUCUGGGAGACAUAUGUGUCUAAUUGAGAGGAUGGCUUUUAUAACAGUAUAAUCUGUAUCCAGUUCCUUUUAUAUAUUGACAUAAUAACAGAACUUCACAUAUGCUUUUUAAAGAACCUCCACACUAUGUAGAAAACAGCUUAUAAACAUGUUUUAUCCAAGCAUAAGGUUUAAUUUCAGUUAUGUGGCCCCUUUUUCUCAAAAUGUUCCUAGUAACUACCCAUAUUUUCUUCACCUCUUACUUUGUAACAUAUUUAUUACAUUGCUUUGGUUCCUCCUCUUGUCACAUCCGUGUCUUAUCCAUCACAGUUCUUGUGUCUUUCUUUUUCCUGGUGCUUUUUUUUUCCCAUUGAAAUCACUUAAAGCAUAUUUUGUUUCCCACUUUCUUUUCAUACAUUCUUCACAAAACCGGUAUUCAUUUUGAGGUUUGAGGUUCUCACAUUGGUGACCGAAGAAUACUAUCUUCUGCGAUGUUAAGUUGUAUAGUUCGACAGUUUGCUGUUGUUUUGGAGGAAUGUACUGCUUCCACCUUCAGGAUAAAAGAGUAAGCCAAGCAAGUGACGAGGAGAACUGGGAGAUGGAUGUAGUAUGUUCCUCUAAACCAGUGAUAACCUUGUAUCAGGCUGCAUGGUGCAACAUACCAGAACUGCCAAAAGAUGAUGAAAUUCUAUCACAGAAACUACGUGAAGAAGCACGUGCCAUCUUUCUUCAACGUCUUGGACGACAACUGUUGAACAACAAUGAAUUGAAGGCCUUGUGGGUCCUUCUUGACAAAUACCACAGCCCACCACACUCUGAAGAAGAGCAACUUAUUAAUUAUGAAGAUUUUCUGCACGUUGCAACUCUGGGAGGUCCAAAAUGCAAAAAUUACUUCACUGCUGCAGUAUUCGCAAAACUGCAACAUGGAGAUCCCUAUGGACGUAUCAAUAUCAUGGCCCUUUUCAACUACAUCAUGAGGAAGGUUUGGUACCACCAGACUCGCAUUGGACUCUCAUUGUAUGAUGUUGUAGGACAAGGUUACCUUCGUGAAGUGGACCUUGAAAACUACAUUUUAGAACUGAUUCCCACAUUACCACAACUUGAUGGACUGGAGAAGUCAUUCCACAGUUUCUAUGUAUGUACAGCUGUACGCAAAUUCCUGUUCUUCUUAGACCCACUUCGCACAGGUCGUGUGCGUAUUCAGGAUAUUCUGGCUUGUAGUUUCCUAGACGACCUUCUUGAGUUGCGUGAUGUGGAGCUUCCGAAGGACCUGCAGGACACAAACUGGUUCUCUGCUCCAUCUGCAUUGCGAGUUUAUGGACAGUACCUGAAUCUUGACAAAGAUCACAAUGGCAUGCUUAACAAGGAGGAAUUGGCUGGAUAUGGGACUGGAACUUUGACCAAAGUAUUUAUGGAUCGUGUGUUUCAAGAGUGUCUAACUUACGAUGGUGAAAUGGACUACAAAACAUACCUGGACUUUGUGCUUGCCAUGGAGAAUCGUCAUGAGCCACAGUCUUUACAAUACCUGUUCAGAAUUCUUGACAUCAAUAAUAAAGGCUAUUUGGAUACAUUCUGCCUUAACUACUUCUUCAGGGCAAUUCAAGAACAAAUGACUUUUCAUGGGCAAGAACCAGUUCCAUUUGAAGAUGUCAAGGAUGAAAUAUUUGACAUGGUUAGGCCAGCAGAUCCGUACAGAAUUAUGCUACAGGACUUACUUAAUUGUGGUCAAGGAGAUACAAUGAUAAGCAUCCUUAUAGAUCUGAAUGGUUUCUGGACCUAUGAAAACAGAGAAUCAAUGGCAGCUGACACAAAUGAUGGACCAGCAGAAGUGUGAAAUCCAUGUUAUUACAUAGGUACCUCUUCAUUAAAAUAAGCAUUCAUAUGACAAGUGAGAACUUGAGAGCAAAUCUGUUGUUAAGAACAAGGUAAUUCACAGAAAUCUCACUACAUAGCAGGAUUACUCCCGGGCUUCCUUGAAGCUCAUCCUUACUACUAACUAGAUAGGCUCCUGUGUAUUUAUUCUGGUGAGGUUAAGGUUGGAUAGGUUAUAAAUGACAAAAUUACAUAAAUCAGAAGUUAAGAUUUAGUUCUUUUGUUCUUAUAAUGCUAGAUGAAAAUAUGUAAAGGGAGGAAGACAAAGACAAGAAAAAGGUAAAGUUGUCCCUGUAUUUAAUUAACAAGCACUAUGCCAUGAAGACAUGUGGGGGAGUGGAAGUAUAUCCUGGCCUUGGUACUAGAUGGAGGUUAACCCUUUUACUGCUAGUAUGAUAAGUAACUCUCAGUACCCUCU